AUGCAUGAGAUUGAAGGGCUAUUGUCGAGUAGAAGUAUUGACGUCUGCUUAAUACAAGAGCCAGCCACCGACUGUAAAGGGAUCUAUCUGUUCGACAGACGUCCGUACAGGGUAGUAGCGAGCGGGGUCGGGCCUAAAGCCGCCAUCGUCGUCGCUAACCCCGCAGUCGGCAUCCUGACUUUGCAGCAUCUCAGUACCCCCCAUAUUUCCGUAGCCGUGUUCACUGUUGGAAAUCGCCGCUUAGUGCUGAUAUCAGCAUACUUUCAAUUUUUGGAACCAACACAGACACAUGUUGACGCUCUCGAAUCCGUACUGGACUCGGUAAGCGGCAACGUGUUAGUCUGCGCGGACGUGAACGCACGGUCUACGCUUUGGCACGACCGUCUCUCGGACGACCGCGGAGAGAUGGUCGUGGAACUCAUAGGUCGUAAAAACCUUACCGUAAAUAACCUAGCGGGCAGUGUGAAUACAUUUAUAAAUCGUGGGUCUGCGUGCUUGGACGUGACCCUUACGUCUUAUGGCGUGAAUGUGGCGGACUGGACCGCAGUCCACAAUUUGACGUCGAGCGAUCAUGCGAUCAUAAGCUUGCACAGAACUGUGCGCGCCUGA